CUAAGAUUUUAAAACGAACUACCCUUUGAAUCCUCUUUGUGACAACAAUCAACAUAACCGUCCGGCAUUUCUAAAAUCUAAACAUCAUGGAUUCUGAAUAUGAGGCUUUCAUCACGGUGCAGAGCCAGGAAAAAUACCCCGCACCUGCAAACAUGCUCUCAGCAAUCACGUCACUUUUGGUGGAUUCUUCCACUCCCCCAUCCACAGCAGCCCGAGAAGCCGUGUCUGGCUUCAUCCAAGAGUCGAACCCAGACCCCGACUACACAUCACUAUGGCCUCUCCUUUUUGCAGCAAUCGGUAAAUUCACGGACCAGAAUGACCGUCUGGUGGACUUCAUUGCGGAACUGCAGAGUCUGACUGAGUGCAACGGAGUCUUUAGUCGACUGGAUGGGCUCAGUGAGUACAUGACGGAGUUUGUCUUUGACUACGUCGAUCAUCCUCUUUAUGACUCCCAACGCGAUGAAAAGCGGCAAGCUUGGGUUAAUGUCAAUGCUUUCGCAUCCAAGCUCUAUGCUCGGGGCAUCCGUGCCAAUAGCGUCGGUCAUCUUCGUCACGGUGGCUGGGUCUUGAGAAAGACACUGGAGAAAGCCCCAUGGGAGAAAUUCCAUCAUGAAGAUAUCGAACAAGAGCUGGAGGACCUGGACAAUGACGACGAUGACGAGGAGUAUUGUGAGCGCCGUGACCACCUACUGGAAGAGAUUGAUAUCAGGACCCUCAAUGGCUGGGUACCUGCCGCAGCACAGUGGAUCAGACAUUGCGGAAAAGAAAUAUAUGCAAUGGAAGGAUCCUUGGGAAGAGAAUUUCCAACGAGGUGGACAGGAUCCGAAGGUUGGUCAAAGGAACGCUGGGCGUUCUGGAAGGAGAGAUUUGAAUGGAUCAGCUUGGUCACUGCCCUAGAUCGAAAGACGCGCAGGAUAGCCAAGGAGAUGGUCCAGGAAAUGGCAAGUAUCGAACAGGGACAGGACUAGUCACUGAUAGAUGUACUCUGUGUCCCCUCAGAUAUAG